AUGGAGCUGAGCAAGGAAGAGAUGGGAGUCUUCGCGACUUUUCACCGUCUAUGCACGGAACAUGGACUUUUUGAAAGACUUAGAGAUCUAGACACGAAAGAAGUGCAAGCCGGAAUCAAAGACGAGGUCACGCUUCUACGAUUUUUCAGAGCAGGCUUCCUGGAUCCCCAUAGAGCCCUCCAGCAGCUCCAAGAGGCAACCAGGUUUCGCGAGGAGUGGCAUGUCCUUUCCCUGUAUAUAACUAUUCAUGUAGCCGACUUUAAAGGUACGCGCAAGUUUUAUCCCCAUUGGACCGGCAGUCGAGAUAAACCUGGAUUGCCGAUUCUCAUGGUAGACAUGGCACACUACAACCAAGCCGCAAUAGCGCAAUAG